CUAACAUGUGAAGUUCUUCAGUUAACCAGGUUCAACAGUUUGUGUUUGUCUGUGGUCUUUAACAGCAGACUUUUCUUCUUCUCUAUCUGUCCCAACAGAUCCUGUUCACUAUGGAGAAGUUCCACAUAAACUCCUCAUCCUUCAACUACACCGACAGAGAGGAGACAAUAUACGAGCAGUGCAGACACAUGCCCACCGUCCUCAUCUGGUACCUGAUCCUGCAGUUCAUCAACAUGUUCCUAGGUAUCCCGGCCAACCUCAUGGUGCUGUGGCACAUCCACAAGAACAGAAGUGACUCCUCCACCAUCGACAUCUAUAUCCUCCAGCUAGCCGUGUUAGACGUGUUCUUCUGCCUCAUCCCUCCUCUUGAGCUGACCAACACCGUCUUCCUGAGCACCAGCAGUAUCCAGCACAUCCUUCUCUUCUUCUACGGCAUGAAAGACACCUCGCCUCUGUUCCUGUCCUGCAUCUGCCUGGACCGCUAUAUCGCCGUGCUGCAUCCGAUCACCUUCACCAGGCUUAAAGACCGGCAGCACAGGGCAGUCCUGGUCAUAGUGGUCUGGCUCAUCAUUCUGGCCUACGCUGCAGCUAAAUGUGUGAACAACAUCCGCAACUUUGGGAAGGUCUUCACAUGGAUAAUUCUUGCAACAUUUGCCUUUAUGCUCUUCUGCAACAUCGCCAUCCUGUGGGCGCUACGGCAGUCUGGUCCAGGCAGAGACGAGAUGCACCCCAUGAAGAAGAAAGCCUUCAAAUUUGUUCUCAUCAUCCUGGCCAUCAUAGUCUUCAACUACUUUCCACCAGUGGCGCUGUUUCCCUUUGAGGACAAAUUUUCUCGAGAAGUGUACCGCUGCUACAUUGACUACGUGGCCUAUGGGCUGAUGAACUUCAGCAGCACCAUCCAGCCGGUUCUCUAUCUCUACAAGGAAAAG